AUGCAAAUAAGAGAGGAUCCUCCGACGAAUGCCCCAACCGAUGCCCCUACCGAUUCACCCACUGAUACACCUACCGAUUCACCCACUGAUCCACCUACCUACGCCCCCACUGAUCCACCUACCGAUUCACCAACUGACGCCCCUACCGAUGCCCCCACUGAUGCACCUACCGACGCCCCUACCGAUGCCCCUACCGACGCGCCCACUGAUGCACCUUCCGAUUCACCCACUGAUCCACCUACCGAUUCUUCCACUGACGCCCCUACCGCCGCCCCAACUGAUGCACCUACGGACGCCCCUACUGAUGCACCUACCGAUGCCCCCACCAAUUCGCCUACCGACGCCCCCACUGAUGCACCUACCGACGCCCCUACUGAUGCACCUACCAAUUCACCCACUGACACCCCUACAACCGCCCUCACUGAUGCACCUACCGACGCCCCUACUGAUGCAGCUACCGACGCCCCUACUGAUGCACCUACCGAUGCCCCAACUUAGGCACCUACCGACGCCCCUACCGAUUUACCCACUGAAGCCCCUACCGACUCCCCCACUAAUUCGCCUACCGACACCCCCA